CGCUCGUGAGUGCCGAAGAAGAGAACCGAAGAUGACACGAACCCGAGGCUGAAUUAAAUCUUUUUCUGUGCUGGUUUUAACUACGAGAGGGUGACUGCACGACAUAGCUUUCAGAGAAGAAGACACAACAAAGAGUGUCCCUGCAGUCCACUACACCGUGGUUUCUGUUUUUAUUCAGCGCAGCUUUGAGGCACCUGCUGUGUAAAGUUAUCUCAGCCUGUGUUGCCGCCUGCUCUUGGGUGGCAGUGAACCAACGUGAGGCGCUGAAGAGAUGGAUCAGAACAACAGUAUACCAGCCUUCCAGGGGCUGGCCUCCCCUCAGGGUGCCAUGACCCCAGGCAUGCCAAUUUUCAGUCCCAUGAUGCCAUAUGGUUCUGGCCUGACACCCCAGCCUGUCCAGAAUACCAACAGUCUGUCUAUACUGGAGGAACAACAGAGGCAACAACAACAGCAGCAGCAGCAGCAGCAGCAGCAGCAACAACAGGCGCAGCAGGCCAACACAGGCCUUCCAGGUACAUCGGGGCAGACCCCUCAGCUUUUCCAUUCCCAGACAGUAGCAGGCUCCACCACCACAGCGCUACCAGGGAACACCCCGCUUUACAACACCCCGCUGACUCCCAUGACCCCUAUCACACCGGCGACACCAGCCUCGGAGAGCUCUGGAAUAGUACCACAGCUACAAAAUAUUGUAUCUACUGUAAAUCUGGGCUGUAAACUGGACUUGAAGACCAUUGCCCUGAGAGCCAGGAAUGCAGAGUACAACCCAAAGCGUUUUGCUGCUGUCAUCAUGAGAAUACGAGAACCCAGAACCACUGCCCUCAUCUUCAGCUCUGGGAAGAUGGUCUGCACUGGAGCCAAGAGUGAGGAGCAGUCGAGGUUAGCAGCCAGAAAAUAUGCUCGUGUGGUGCAGAAGCUCGGUUUUCCUGCCAAGUUCCUGGACUUCAAGAUUCAGAACAUGGUGGGAAGCUGCGAUGUGAAGUUCCCCAUCCGGCUGGAGGGUUUAGUCCUCACACAUCAACAGUUUAGCAGUUAUGAGCCGGAGCUGUUUCCAGGGUUAAUUUACAGAAUGAUCAAACCCAGAAUCGUCCUGCUCAUCUUUGUUUCUGGGAAAGUUGUACUCACAGGUGCCAAGGUGAGAGCAGAGAUUUAUGAAGCGUUCGAAAACAUCUACCCCAUCUUGAAAGGCUUCCGCAAGACAACGUAGGACCUGUGGUUCCUUCCUUUACUAUCUCCCCAACCCUGUCUCUUUUUACUCGAACUUUUUUUUAUUUCCAUGGAAGUAUCAUCUAUAUGUUGACCUCUACAAGUGGACUGCUCUAAGGGCUUGUUGUACAGGGAUGUAAAUAAGUCGCUUUUUACUUUUCAUCCCUCUGGUGAUUCAGAUUUUUUGGAGAAACAAACUUUUUAAAGGUCUUUUUUCUGUGUUCUGAUCACACAUGAUGGUAUAUUUAAAACUCAAUCCUUUCUAUUUGUUUUUUCAGGUGCUUUAGUUUAUGCCCCAUUUUUCAGAAUUUUUUGUUGCCCUAUCACAUCCCUGAUUGUACAUAAGACUGUAAGAAAAUGUAAAAAGUUGCUGACUGAAAGAGAGGCGGGCUCACUGAGACUAUUGCUGAUUUUAUUUUACGCAGUUUUAAAUAGUUUUGUACAUUGUAUUUUUAGUAAUUGUCAGCUUGGUCUCACAGUUAUAUGAACGUGUUUGGGUCUGUCAGCCCCACAUUCCUAUUACAGUAUUAUAAGAAUAUAGUUUCUCAAGUCUGCUUUUUGAGAGUUUUAUCAUUGUACCAUGUACAUUAAAAAUCAGUUUAUUCAGCAUAGUCCUAUUUUCAGAAAUGCUGGAAGUAGAUUUAACCUAAAAUUACAAAUUUCAAUGUGAGGCAUGGUAUGGUCCAGUCUGUUAAGUCUGCAGUUACAAGUUGGAUGCUCUUAAAUUUUGAAUUGAAAGAAGUUAAACUAAACUGAUCCAAAUCCUCCUGCUGAAGUUGUCAGCUAGUUGUUUGUUGGUUCUUCAAGGUUGGUAUCACUUGGUUUUGGUUUCUGAUACAUUUGUACUUAAUUCUCUGGAGUCAGUCUAAAAAUAGUUUUCUGUAGAAACAGUUUACAUGUCGUAAACAAGAAGUCUUUUAAUGGUUAAUCAUAUUAUAUAUAUUUCAACUGUAAUUAAAUGAGUCCAGCCUUUAAGGGAACAAUGCUCUAUAACUUCUUGAGCUAACUGGACGCCUUGACUGCAAGAGCAAUCAGGAUCAGACAAUUAGACAAAUUCCUCCAGAGCUAAAAUAGAAAGACAUGAUACAGUCUUAGGUAAAAGUGGCCAACUACUUUAUCUUGAAUUCACAUUCAUUAGCACUAAAAGACAGUGUGAUGGCAGAUAAACUAUGCAUCAUGUUGCCAUGUUUAUGUAUUGUCCUUAAGUUUUUUUUUAAUGUACUUUUUGGCCAUUCAAAACUAUAUUUAAAUGUUUUUCUUUGAGGAAUUAUUUUUGAAUGUAUGCAAAUCGGUUGAAUCUGGCUGGAUCAUCCUCGCUGAUUGCUCAGCAACAUACUUGGCCAAAUGUCUACAUUUAGAUGAGUUUAAAUUUUGGGCACUUGGUGUGUUUGUGUGGCACACAGGCGAUUUCAACUAGACACAUCCUUGAAUGUAAAAGUUAAGCAAUUAAUCAAUUAAAAUUUUUGGAUUCACAGUGCA